AUGUCAAAGCCAGUCCUCUCUGAUCGAUUGGCAAGAUGGUCACUCAUUUUCCAACAAUAUGAGAUCAUCUAUGUGCCGCAAAAAGCUGUUAAAGGGCAAGCUCUGGCCGACUUCUUGGCAGACCAUCCUAUACCAGCCGAAUGGGAAUUGUCCGAAGAAUUGCCAGAUGAGGAAGUUAUGGUAGUAGAAGUUCAUCCCCCUUGGACAAUGUACUUUGAUGGUGCGUCUCAUCAAAGUGGAGUAGGUGCUGGUGUGGUAUUUGUUUCCCCAGAAGGAGAUGUCUUGCCCUAUGCUUUCACUCUCACACAAAAUUGUUCAAACAACGAGGCUGAAUACCAAGCUCUCAUUCUUGGGCUGGAGAUGGCCGUUGAAGCAAAGCACUUGCAACUCAAGGUAUAUGGAGAUUCAAUGUUGAUAAAAAACCAACUUCUUGACAUCUAUGAGGUGAGGAAGCCUGAGCUCGUGCCUUUCAAUAAUUACGCUCGUCGCCUGAUCGCAUGGCUUGGUGAUGUUACUCUACAACACGUGCCGUGUGGUGAAAAUAAGCAGGCAGAUGCACUUGCAAAGCUUGCUUCUACCCUUGCUCUUCCUCACCAUGAGAUGCAUGUCUCGAUAUGCCGAAGUUGGGUCAUACCACCUAUCUUUGAAAGUGAAGAUGGUGGUGAAAGGGAAGUGAACGUCGUCUCAGUUUUGGAAAUUGAAAUUGAGGAUUGGCGUCAACCACUCAUUGAGCAUCUGCAACAAGGAAAAUUGCCUGAUGAUCCACAUAAAAGAACGGAUGGUUAUUUCUUCGUUGCCUUGGAGAAAGUGAAGCAAAGCAAGCUCUAG